GAAAUGAAAACAACUUUCUUCUUCCUACUUGCAGCGCAUAGAGGAGAGAGCAGUUGUGUCUUCCAGGGACCGGAGAGCCGUAAUCUGACACUGCGCUUCCCCCUGAGGAGGAUCCGUGCACAGGGCAGAAAGGACGAGGCUGCUGCAGACCUCAUGCUGCCCCGCAGCUCUGUGCUGGGGAGAGGGGGAUACUAGAGAGAGACUACAGGGGGAGAGUGUGCUGGAGGAGGCGCCAGGAGCAGAUACACACUGUAGGGCAGGAGAUAGUGGGAGACACAGGCGAGGAGGCGGCGGAUCAGUGACCACAGUGCUGAGAAGUGUUACAGCAGCAGCAUAAAGUAUAGGGGAGAGAGGUGGGAGGAGAGAAGGACUUCUGUCCCCGCUGACAAGUGACAGGGCAGCAAUGGGGAGGAAAGCCUCCUGAACUGUGAGACUCACACAAACUCUGCCCAACUUCUCCAAUGGUCCAGAGAGCAGCUCUUGUCACCUUCAGGCGGAUGGCUGACCUCUCCCUGCCGGGCUGCGUAAGGAGGAUAUAUGAUGAAGAAGACCAGUAGCAACAAUCACCUCAGCAAUCAUGUUCCCAAGAACAAUGUCCAGGGCGCUGCUAGGAAGGGCUGGCUGUCUCCGCGCUUCUCGCUGCGGGACUAUGGUUUCUGCAUGGCAACUUUGUUGCUCUUCUGCAUGGGCUCCCUCUUCUACCAGCUGAAUGGGGGACCCCCUCAGCUCCUGCUGGAUCUGCGCCUCUAUCUGGGUAAUUCAACUUUCUUGGAUGAACAUGGUCCUCCCAUCCCAAAGGUACUGCCUUUUCCUAGUCAAGUAGUGUAUAACAGAGUUGGAAAAUGUGGCAGCAGGACAGUUGUCUUACUAUUACGCAUCUUAUCAGAAAAACAUGGGUUCAAUUUGGUUACCUCUGACAUUCACAAUAAAACCAGACUGACCAAAAAUGAACAGAUGGAGUUGAUAAAAAAUGUCAGCACUGCUGAACAGCCAUAUUUAUUUACCCGACACGUUCACUACCUUAACUUCUCAAGAUUUGGCUCUGAACAACCAGUGUAUAUCAAUAUAAUUAGAGACCCAGUAAAUCGAUUUCUUUCAAAUUAUUUUUUUCGACGAUUUGGAGAUUGGAGAGGAGAACAGAAUCACAUGAUCCGUACCCCAAGCAUGAAAGAAGAGGAAAGGUAUUUGGAUAUUAAUGACUGUAUUCUUGAGAACUAUGCAGAGUGUUCCAACCCCAGGUUAUUUUACAUUAUACCAUACUUUUGUGGACAACAUCCAAAAUGCAGGGAUCCUGGUGAGUGGGCCUUGGAACGUGCAAAGCAGAAUGUGAAUGAAAACUUUCUUCUUGUCGGAAUUCUGGAAGAGCUGGAAGAUGUGCUGCUUUUGCUGGAAAGAUUUUUACCUCACUACUUCAAGGAUGUCAUGAGCAUUUAUAAAAAUCCAGAACACAGAAAACUUGGAAACCUGACUGUUACCGUGAAGAAAACUUUCCCAACUCACAGCGCACUACAGGUUCUUUACCAGCGCAUGAAAUAUGAAUAUGAAUUUUACUAUUAUGUCAAAGAACAGUUCCAUUUGCUGAAACGUAAAUUUGGGCUGAAAUCUCAUGUGAAAGCUACUCCCAAUCAAGAUCUUUCAGCCCCAAUUCCCAACCCUAUGGAAACGGAGGAGCCCAUCGAAGAUGAGGACGAUCAAAAUGAUGAGAAGUGGUUAGAGGACAUUUAUAAGAGAUGAUGCCCCACUUGUAGAAUCACAACUAUGAGUCCACAUCCAUUUCUUAAGCUUUUUUUAUUGUCAAAAAAAUCCUUAAGGAACAUGGUUAAUGCUUAACUGCAUUAACACUUUCCCACAUGUUGGGUAUUAGGGAAAUACUUGUACCCGAUUUUGCGGGUUGUGUUUACUUUUAUUUUUUUAUGUUCAGUGGGAUUGAUGGGAGAAUUUAGAAAUAGGAAAUACAGAACGUUGACUUGAGAUUUUGCCAGUAUUUGCAUAUUUCAGGAAGCCUCCGGUACAGUAUAAUCAGUGAUCAGAAGACUUACCACAUGAUGGGAGGUAUUUACCAAGAUAUGCCUGGUGUCUGCUCUUUCUUACCCAUUUAAUACUAUGUUUUGCACUUAAGCUUUAUAUUUCUUUCACAAAAACGCCCAAGACUUACAUCCUGCAAGUUAAUGACUGCCAUCAGCAUGUAUAUGCAAUUAUCUCUAUUUCCCCAUGAGGUUUUGGGAAAUAAUAGCUUGAACUGUCCAGUUUGGUUACCUGUGUCCAUCUCUAAGCACUUUAGGACACAAGGAGAUUCCAUUAUUUGACUCAAGUCCUGUUUUCCUUGAAACUGUUGAAGACAUGAGAUUAUAAUGUAAAAAACUUGCCCCACCCUGUCAGAGAGAUUACUUUGGGCAGUAUUAAUGGAGAUACUCUUUUGCUAUAACCAUCAACUGAAAAAUAUAUGUAUGAAACAUAUACCAUUAGGAGGUUUAAGCAAUUUAAUUUCAUACUGUAUGUCAUUUUGAAACAAAACCAAACCGGAACAAUAUAUAAUGAUUUGCUGCAGUGCUUGGUGAAAUGUACUGUCUUGCCUUCCCUGAAUGUCAGAAUAAGUGUUUGAUUUCUAAAUUAUUUACAACUCCAUUCAAACCUAGCCGUAAUUCUGGGGAAGUUCAUCUAGAAUUUCCAGCUGAUGACUUUCAUCAGUUGCAACCUCUACUUAGUGUCACAUGUUGUGUCAGACUUGUUUCCUCCUUUGCUACAGAGGAAUUCUUUUAUGUAUUCAUAGAGGUUUUUUACACUAGUACAAACAUCAUGGGACACCUCUCUAUAUAAAAACAACAAUUAAAAUGACAGUUAACAAAAAUAAUUAUGAAUACUGUGAUAGUUAUUAAGUAUAAAACACCUACACCAAAGUACACUCACAGCAAGAUGACACAUUAGACAGCCAUGAUAAUGGAACAUUGGUCAUGUGCAGACCUCCUGACAAUAGCUUCGCGCAAACUACUCUGCAUCGGUGGCAGGCUUCCCCUGGACACCCCCUUGACUUGCUGAUUGCAGCGCCAACUACCUAGUGUGGGGUGGGGGGGGGGGGGUGGUAGUUCGCUUUGCACAUAUAAACAUACAUGAUGUUUGUAAUAUAUGUGCUGGCAGUGUAUCCGUAUAGUCAGCGGUGCUGUAUACCACAGCUGCCGUGGUAAACCCGGGGACUCUGCAUUAGGAUUUACUCUCCUAAAUCCGCAUCCCAGACUCCUAUGAAACUAGCCAAUGAGAUUUUGGGGGUGGGCUUAGGAGAGUGCACUGGGUAGCCGGCACUGCUGCUUAUUAUAGACAGUAUAAAUAAUUGUACCAACACAUGAAUAAGUCAGCCUUAUGCCACCAGGGCAUUCCUUCCAAAUUCCCAGGACGCUCCCCUGAAAUGAGGUCUGUUAAGAGGUAUUAUAGAGGGGUAUAAGCUGACUGCACUAUCAGUAUCAUCUCAUAAAGAGUGUUAUACAAAAAUUUGUUCAAAACUAAUACAUUAUAAUUGAAAUAUGAUUAUAGCUAUUUCCUAUAAUUCAAGAACAGACCAGUAAAGGAUGAGGAAGGAAGCAAAUUUAGAAGAUACAGUGACUCUGUGUUACGAAUAACUAUGGCAUGUUAUUUCUGUCAUAUAUUGGGGCUAAUUCAACAAGGAACGCAAAACUGCACGAAUUGCGAAAAUACGUAAAAUCUGAGAAAAAAUACAACUUCUGAGACAGCAAAAACUGCGUAUGCACUACAAAAACUAGGCAUGUAGGGGGCUUACUAAAGGGCUGGACUCGCAAAAACUACGAGCAGGGAUGUGUUGUGGGCGUAUGCAGAUUUUAGAUAGGCGGAGCAUACGUAUUUUUUUUGCAACUGAACGCACAUUUAUGGUGUGCAGUUUGAGUUACUACAGGUCAACCUUAAAAUCUGCACAAGCUGACCUCAGUUGUAGAAUGUUGGAUGUAUACUGCAAUCAUUGCUUCAUUACACCCAGUUGAAGCAGAUCACACUGCUGACCACAAUUCACUUUAUUCAGCUGCAUUGAAACUUCACAACAUGUAAGGGAGCUUUAACACAUGUAUUACUCUAAAAUAUAUGUUAGUAGUAACCUAAUAAUUCUUUAAGUUAAUAACAAUGCAGGUUUGUCAAGAACACACUUGUUUUCCUACAAACAUGUACAAUAACAUUUACAAAAGCAAGUUUUUUUUUUUUUUGUUCUUUGUUUGGUUAAUGGCUUUUUGUUUAAAAGCUGAGUUUUUUCAUGAUUUAAAGCGACAAACAAUUAUUAUCUUCAAAAAUCAUACCCACAUACAUGUGUAAAGUUUUUUUGUUUUUUUCCCCUUGACAAAGAAACAUAUGUUCAAUAACAUCACCACAAUAAUUGUAAUUUUGUGGACAUUUUAAUUACGCACCACUUUUAAAAAAAUAUAUAUUUUCACAUUAAACAAUAAAAUAAGGAAUGUUAAUAAUAACAAAGAAACAUUAAUAUGUCAUGUGUGUAAACUUUCAACAUAAAAAAAAAUAUAUAUAUUUUUUUCCCUUUUUCCGCCUGCGUUUGUGGAUUCACCAGCGGAAGUAGCUCGUCUUGUUGUUCGAUGCAUCCUGUCAGUAGGCAUGGUUGGCUCAAUGUUAUGUGUAGCUGAUGUUAAAUUGUGACAUCAGAAACAUUUACGCAAAAAAUGCGACUAAAGUGUACGUUUUUUCCGCAAAAAAUGCAGAUUUUUAAAUCUAAUCGCAAAAUUGUUUUGUGUUGCAGAGUUUCCAUUUCAGCGUGCUUUCGCAGUUUUGCGAUUGGUCGCACUUUUUACGAUCCUUACUGAAUUAGCCCCAUUGUCCUGACAUUUGUACCUUUAAAAAUUCCAAUUUAUUUACCCUAACUUUUCACACAUUCAUCGUCUGCGAAUUAAAAGCCACGGUAACUCGCACUGGCGGCCGUGUUACCUUAGCGUGGAUUCUAAGUGAGUAGGGAAAAGUCAUUUGUGACUUUUUGAGCUGCAUUUAGUGAUUCACAGCAAAGUCAUGUGUAGUUAUUUACCAGCUGUUAUACAGUAGCUUCAUGAUUUUAUGCCGUCAAGUCUACAAAAUACUAGAAAGGUUGUUUUAAUUCAGAGUUCAGCUACUUAAGUAGUGUUAGAACUAUUUCCUUAACAAAAACUCAUCCCUAAAUAUAAGUAAAAAAUUAUAUGGAUCCUAUAAAUUAUAAGCAAUCAGAGCAGGGACCUAGUUUAUACCAUCUCACACCUCAUCCUGAGCUACUUCACGUGCUCUCAGAUCUGCAUCUAACCUGUGCAUCACCUCUCACCACUCUGAUCACCGCUUAUCACUCCUGCCUACCACAUUGUAUAUGUGCUACCCACCUAAGAUUCCCUACCAUGCCUGAUUAUCCCUAGAUUUCAAAUGAAUAAACCCUCUCUGAAACCCACCUAUUUCCUUGUCCCUAGUCCUACCCCCCUACACUACUGACACCAGUACCCUCCUACUUCCCAAUCUAAACCACACUCAUUUGUCUUGUUUCAGCUCUGCCCUUUUCCCAUCAGGAUGUAAGCUCAUAUUCAGGAGCUAUUUGUUUUCAUGUCUGAAUGUAUCAUUAGUAUAUCCCUAUUUUAUGAAACCUAUGUUUUCAUUACUUGCUAUGACACCUCAAAAAUCACCAUUGGUGGUGAUAAUAAUAACAACCACAACUGCUGGAUAGCUAAAUACUGAAUGCUCCAAUAUCCGUUCGGACAAGGAGAUAGAUCACAGCUGGCUCCUGCCUCUAUGUCGGAAAUACUUGUCUAAUUAGGAUCCAGCUGUCAUUUCUCAAGCAGUCAUUCCAGCUGCUCAUCAGGGCCCAAGCUCCCAAGUACAAGUUAAUACUGGUCAGAAGUUACUGUAGCCCCCUUCAUGAGAUGAGGAGCUAAAAACAAUUCAUUCAGUGAGCCUGUGGUUGCUCCCAUUCCCCCACCCCACUGCCCUAUAUACACACAUAUAAAGGAAAGAGGGGGCAGCUGGACUGCACACCCUAAUACUAAGUUACUACUUAUAUUACUAGUUAUUACUUGUUAGUAGCAGGGUGUGCAAUCCAGCUCCCCCUUCUUCCUGUAUAUGCGUGUAUAUAUUCUAUACUUGAAGUUGAGGCUCCUCCAUUCUGGUAUUGGCACCCUUCCCAUUUACCCUCAGGUGUUUUAAUUAGCAGAGGAUCUUACAUUUCAGAUCACACAUUGAUAAGGGCUCUAUUUGAAGGUAAGACCUAGAUAAAUUUAUAGAAUGUGAUACAGGUUAAGUAUCCCAUAUCCAUAUAUUCCGAAAUACGGAAUAUUCCGAAAUACGGACUUUUUUGAGUGAGAGUGAAAUAGUGAAACCUUUGUUUUUUGAUGUCUCAAUGUACACAAACUUUGUUUAAUACACAAAGUUAUUAAAAAUAUUGUAUUAAAUGACCUUCAGGCUGUGUGUAUAAGGUGUAUAUGAAACAUAAAUGAAUUGUGUGAAUGUAGACACACUUUGUUUAAUGCACAAAGUUAUAAAAAAUAUUGGCUAAAAUGACCUUCAGGCUGUGUGUAUAAGGUGUAUAUGUAACAUAAAUGCAUUCUGUGCUUAGAUUUAGGUCCCAUCACCAUGAUAUCUCAUUAUGGUAUGCAAUUAUUCCAAAAUACGGAAAAAAUCCCAUAUCCAAAGUACCUCUGGUCCCAAGCAUUUUGGAUAAGGGAGACUCAACCUGUAGUAUUAGAGAUGUUAGGGACCCAUGUGUAAUGAAAUCACCUGGUUGCGGUGCAUGGGCCCACAUAUUUGCGCAAAUGUGUGCUAAGAACUUCACUUAUACUCUGCUAAUUGUGAGGGUUUAUCUAAUUUAUUCUUACUAUCAGUGUUCUUAGUGCUAGUAAUGUGCAUCUGCAUUUCUUUUCCGCCUGCACUGAUAAGCCUGGGCCGAUAAGACCAAACACCUCGACUCAUGGGCUUGUCUGCACCCAUGGUGGAUGUGCUAUAGGGAGAAACACUUCUAAAGUAAUUACCUACAAUUCUUCUAUAUUUAAACGUUUAAUAUUUUGGAGAAUAUGGAUUCUCUGUUUAUUCCAUAUAUACCCCAGACAUAGAGCAGAACAAAUUGAAAGAAUUAUUUGCCUACUCUCUUCCCUUAAAAAUAAUUCUAAAAAACAGUCCAUAAAUUAAACACGCUAAUCUUAUAGUUUGUACCUGAUAUGAUCUUCAGCAGAAAAGCUUAUUAUUGUGAAGUGGAAACACCUAGGAGCAACAACAGCUAAAUCACAAGGUGGUAAGGGCCGUACUGACCGGGAGAUGUGUGCUGAACGAACCCAGCAGUAAAAUGAGCGACCUGCAACAUUGUGCCUGCAUGCAGGCCAUUCUAGCACCGGCAAUAGCGACACGCGGGACCGCGCAUUGCUGUCGCCGGCACCCCUACACACGGAGCGAUGUGUUCCUAAGCAAUAUAGUCACAUUGCUUUAAGUGAACGUCUUUCCGUGUGUAUACCCCUGUAGACCACACAAUCUCAGAUAUCUAGACCACUGAAUGCUGAAGCGCGUUGUGCAUAAAAAUUGUCUGCCCACCGUUGCAACGCUCACUGCUGAGUUACAAACUGUCUCUUGAAGCAAUCUGGGCACAAGAAAUGUGUGUCAGAGCAUUCAUGGCCAUACAACGGUCAGAGAUCAUCAUGUGCAAUGCCAAACGUCAGCACGCCACAUUGGUUUCUGGAGCAGUGGCAUUGCACACUGUGGAGUGACAAUUCUCGCUCCACCAUCUGGCAGUCUGACGGGUGAAUCCUGGAUUUGGUGGAUGCUAGGACUUCUUGCUCACGUGUGUAUUGACAUAUGGAAAUUCAGUGCAGGAGGACAUCCAUGUGAGGCAAGACAAGUGAGUGAAGUUUUUAUAACCAAAACAUUACACACAGGGCGGGAUUCUAAUCCUCAGGGGUGGUGAGCUGAAAUGCGCGAAAAGUGACCCGUUUGGACGCCCAAACGGGACUUUUCACGAUCGCGCCCAUGUCUUUAGUCUGGUUUAGCUGCCUUACGCGGCUAAACCCGUCUCUUAUGGGUGCGAUCAGCGCGAUAACGGGGGACCAUAGAAUAUCACCCCGCAAUCUCCCGUCACUUUAGACAGGAGAUCGGGGGCAAUAAAAUAUUUUAAUCCCGCCCACAAUAUAACUUGUGCUACUAGGACCUUUCGACUAAUUACAUCGGACUCAAAGUGUUAAAAUAACUUUUUCCUGUCUAGUUCCAUUUUGUAAUGGAAGACAAUACCAUGCAGCACAGACCUGUAAUGUGUAUAUGUGGACUGAAAUAGGCCUGGAUCUGUGCAUUUCCGUUGUGCAGUAUACUGUAUGUAUGAAUUUACUGUGGCUGUUCUUCAUGCAAGUCCCUGUGUAUGGUGCGGCUUUUGCUAUACAUGUGGUACAUACUUACAAUUUGGCAUCUCUGAUAACAGUUGUGAUCUCUUCAAAACUUGUAUGUAUGAAGAUAUGAUUAUAGCUAGUUAUUUGUACAGUUCAUCUGUGAUUUCAGUGUUUAUACAGCAUGACAUGCUUAUUUCAUCUAUAUUUGCACAUGAUGUGAUACAUUUACUAAGAUGGGAGUUCUAUUUACAGUAAGAUGGGAUGUUGCCCAUAGCAACCAAUCAGAGUCUACUUCUCAUUUAUAUAGCACCUUCUAGAAGAGAAUACUUGAAAUGUUAUUGGUUGCUAUGGGCAACAUGCCAUCUUAAAUAGAACUCCCAUCUUAGUAAAUUUACUCUGAUGUGUCUGUCAUCUUAGAUGGUGUAAAUGGCCCUACAUGAACAAUGAAACAAUGUGAAAGAUGAACAAUGUGGAAGAUGAGCAAUUUCCCUUUAACUUCCCAGAGCCCUGAAAAACGAAAUUGAGUGUACACACUAAGCACUUUUUCAAACAAUUUGAAAGACAAAAAAUAUCUUUGGAAUUGGCACCUUAUUUACAUAUUUUAAUAUUGGGGUGGCAUUUCUGGGUGUGUGGGCAGGGCUGUAGAAGGUGGAACCAAUUAAGUUUUUUUGUCACCCACUGCCCCACCAAUUUCCACUGUGCCACCAA